AUGCUGAGGUUGAUGUGGAAGUCUGCAGACAAGAUGAGGUGUCUGAGGAAGAGAUCCAUGCUGCCUCUGCUGGGCUUCCUGGUUGCCUUCCUGCUGCUCUUCAACCUCUACUUAGACAUGGAUAGAUACGUGCUGGAUGCAGAAAAGCACCAGCUGGGUGAGACGUUGAUGCAUCCCGCCAACUCUGAGCAAUAUAUCCACACCUUCAGAAACCUGUCCAACUUCUCGGGGAUCAUCAAUGUGACGUACCGCUACCUGGCGGGAUUCCCUCUGGCGCGGAAAAAGUACCUGACCAUCGGGCUGUCGUCUGUGAAGAGGAAACGAGGGAACUACCUCUUGGAGACCAUCAAGUCCAUCUUCGACCAGUCCAGCUACGAGGAGCUGAAGGAGAUCGUGGUGGUGGUCCACCUGGCCGACUUCGACUCGCUGUGGUGCGAGAACCUGCUGCAGGAAAUGAGCCGCAAGUUCUCGCACCACAUCAUCGCCGGUCGCCUACUGGUGAUCCAGGCUCCCGAGGAGUACUACCCGUCCCUGGACGGCCUGAAGAGGAACUACAACGACCCAGAGGACCGGGUGCGCUUCCGCUCCAAGCAGAACGUGGACUACGCUUUCCUGCUCAACUUCUGUACCAACCUCUCAGACUUCUACAUGAUGCUGGAGGACGACGUGCGUUGCUCUCGUAACUUCCUGACGGCGCUGAAGAAGGUGAUCGCCUCCCGGCAGGGCUCCUACUGGGUGAUGUUGGAGUUCUCCAAGCUGGGCUACAUCGGGAAGCUCUACCACGCGCGGGACUUGCCGCGCCUGGCGCACUUCCUGCUCAUGUUCUACCAGGAGAUGCCGUGCGACUGGCUGCUUAUCCAUUUCCGCGGCCUGUUGGCCCAGAAGGACGUGAUUCGCUUCAAGCCGUCGCUCUUCCAGCAUAUGGGCUACUACUCGUCCUACAAGGGUGCCGAGAACAAGCUGAAGGAUGACGACUUCGAGGAGGACGCGGUAGACAUUCCCGAUAACCCGCCGGCCCGACUCUUCACCAACAUCGCCGUCUUCGAGAGCUACGCCGCCGCCAAGGCCUACAGCGCCGUGGACGAGUACUUCUGGGGCAAGCCGCCGUCGACCGGGGACUUCUUCGUGGUGGUCUUCAACAAGUCUGCCAAGAUCAGCAGGAUCAAGAUCGCCACUGGUUCCGAAGACAGACAGAAUGACAUCCUCCGUCAUGGUGCCGUGGAAGUGGGUCAGAGACGCACGGAGGGCAAGCAGGAUGGCCAGUGCGCCUCCUACAUCACUCUGGGGGAGUUCAGAGGCGGCAGGGUCGAGGUCCAGGACGUGGACCGCAAAAUCGGCUUCGAUGUGGACUGUGUGCGCAUUGUGGUGACAGCUGGCCAGAAGGAGUGGCUCAUCAUCAGAACCAUCAGCCUAUGGACCGCACAGCCGAGCAGCCCAUUGAUUAAGUGACCAUCAGGGAUAACAACAAGUAGAGUCGGGGGACAAAAAAAAAAGUAUAUUUUCUUGUGUGUUUUUCAAUCCCCCCCAACCCCCACUAGUGUCAAAUACUAUUCCGAAUCCACCCUUUAUAUUUAAUUUUCCUAAUAUAAAAACAGAAAUGUGUUCAUAUGUGUCUGCUGUCUUAGUUUUUUGAAGUUUGGAAAUUUAAGUGCUUCUAAAGCAGGUUACCCACACCGAUUAUCGGGCCUAAUGUUUGCCUUUUUUCACCCCUUCAUAUCAAAGUCAGCAAAGGGACAUUUUUUGGAUGUCUCUAAAGAUUAUCCUGCGGUGUGAAGUAUGUUGAGAGAUUUUUUUCAUUAGCGAUCGAUUGUGAAUGUUAAAAGUUUAUUUACAAAUCCUUGUGUGUAUGGUCAACACUGAGUUGGGCCGAGCCACGGACUCUGUAAUUGUGAUGCAGAACUGAAUAACAGCCAAUGAGGAAGCUUGCUGAUGCUGGCAUAGUUGCUCUACACGAGUCAACUUGUUGUGUUGUUGUUGUUUUUAUAAAAUACCACUAGUCAUG